CCCCCCUCUCUACUUGAAGCUUAUUUCCCUUUUCUUCCCUACGCCAUUACCAUCGACCACAUAAUGGCUAGCAUCACAUCCACCGCCUUCAAGCAGGCAGGUCGCCUCUGCCGACACACAACCGGGCCUGGGAUCACCUCGCGAGGCAUUGCCUCAUUAUCAAGGGUGACGACAGCCCCUGCGCAGAGAUUAUCUCAGCAACGCAGAUAUGUUUCCGAGACAAAGCGUGAUAAUGCUCAAGUCAACGUUGAGACCGCCAUCAAACUUGACAAGAAGGACUUCAUCGACGUCGUCCCUCAAUCGCCCGAUGCGCCAAAUGUCAUGGUUAGCCCCAUGGCCGAAGUGCUAAAGCAAGUCACGACAAUGGAGGAGGGCCAGCGACCCAUCUAUCUCGACAUGCAAGCCACGACUCCUGUCGACCCGCGCGUCCUCGACGCUAUGCUACCAUUCUACACUGGUAUUUUUGGAAACCCGCACUCGAGAACACACGCCUAUGGCUGGGAGAGUGAAGAGGCCGUUGAGAAAGCACGAGAGCACAUUGCGAAGCUUAUCGGUGCUGACUCUAAAGAAAUUAUCUUCACCAGCGGCGCUACCGAGAGCAACAACAUGAGCAUCAAGGGUGUUGCGAGGUUCUUUGGCAGAUCAGGCAAGAAGAGGCAUAUCGUCACGUCGCAGACUGAGCACAAGUGCGUUCUCGACAGCUGCAGACAUCUUCAGGACGAAGGUUUUGAGGUCACAUACCUUCCUGUCAAGAACUCUGGCUUGAUCGACAUGGACGAACUGGCUGCCGCCAUCCGCCCUGAUACCGCUCUCGUCAGCAUCAUGUCCGUCAACAACGAAAUCGGCGUCAUCCAGCCCCUGGAGCAGAUCGGCAAACUCUGCCGAGAGAAGAAGACCUUCUUUCACACUGACGCAGCGCAAGCCGUCGGCAAGAUACCAAUGGACGUAAACGCUAUGAACAUUGACUUGAUGUCUAUCUCGUCCCACAAGAUUUACGGUCCCAAGGGCAUCGGAGCUUGCUACGUCCGCCGCCGGCCGAGAGUUAGGCUCGACCCUAUCAUUAGCGGAGGUGGACAGGAGAGAGGGCUGCGAAGUGGUACUCUCGCCCCGCCACUGGUUGCUGGCUUCGGUGAGGCAUGCCGCAUCGCAUAUGAGGAGAUGGAGUACGACUCGAAGCGCAUCAAGGCGCUGUCUGACCGCCUCCUCAACGGUCUCCUCUCCCUGGAACACACAACUCAGAAUGGUGAUCCCGAGCACUUUUACCCUGGUUGCGUCAAUGUUUCGUUCGCCUACGUUGAGGGCGAGUCCUUACUCAUGGCUUUGAAGGACAUUGCCUUGUCUUCCGGCAGUGCUUGCACUUCUGCCUCGUUAGAGCCCAGCUACGUCUUGCGUGCUUUGGGCAACAGCGACGAGAGCGCCCACAGCAGUAUCAGAUUCGGUAUUGGGCGUUUCACGACCGAGCAGGAGAUCGACUACGUGCUUAAGGCCGUCAAGGAGAGGGUUGACUUCCUACGUGAACUGAGCCCGCUCUGGGAAUUGGUUCAGGAAGGUGUUGAUCUGAACACGAUCCAGUGGAGCCAGCAUUAAAGCAUGGUUCUACAUACUACACGCACCGGCGCAUCCGACCUCGUCCAUCUCGCUUUGAGUCCACGAGCGAGGUUCGCGCAGGACGUCGCCCGCAUCUCUCCAAACCGGAGUUGCUUGUAUUAAAACCCACAUUUGAGAUACCUAAACAGCCGGCCUUUCGUUUUUGUGCUCGGGGAUAUUGGAGUUGGGAUUGGGGCGACCAAAGGGAAAUGAGAAAUUUGACCGGAAUGUCCACCGGCGCUCGAGCUCAACAGGGUGACAAUUGGCCAUUGUUGAGGAACUUAACCUUGUACACUACUACCUAUACAUUACCUAUCACUGGCAUGAAUGACAAUCAUGACACCCUGUGCAACGAACGAUCCAGCAGAUUAGGCAAACGGCGUGAGC